AUGCAUUACGGUUUCUGGGCAGUUGCCGUGCUUCUGCUGAGCGAAAAUGCAUCCGGCGACAGAGUCAAGCGAACCAACGCAGAAAAUUUUAACGCACUUUUAAACUUAUACAAGAUAAAUCCUUUAAAGAAAUCUAAAAUAUUCCGUACCUACGCCGAUCAAAUUCUAUUGUCAAACAAACAAGACACUCAAAGUGGCGUCUUGAAUAUUGAUUCGAAUGAAAGCACAAGAAUGAAACAAGCGAAAACCGAUUUGCAUAUGAAAGAAAUCGACGAAUACAUCCACGUGACGAACUUCACUAAGACGGCAAUUGCGAAUCCUGAUUUCGAUGUACAAGAUGUCGCAGCAGAAAAAUUCAAUUUAAACUUUGAUGGAAAUCAAAUAAUUGAAGUUAAGAACGAAGUGAAAGCCAAAGAAAAUAGUUUAGAUAACAUAUUAGGGCAUUUAAAUAGCGGUGAAAUAAACGCACGUCCUGUUGCAGCAUUCGAUGUCGUCACUCAAACUAAUGAUUUGAGUGGUCUUAGAAAUGAGAAAGGUUCAUUUAAGUACGAAGAUAUAAAAGCUAAAGAUGACUUAAGUAACGAAGUGCACAGUUAUCCUAAUAGUGAAGUAAUAGUAUUCAGGUAA